AUGUCUGCAUUAUUUAAUUUUCGUUCCCUUUUGCAAGUGAUAUUGCUGCUGAUUUGUUCAUGUUCUUAUGUUCAUGGGCAGUGGCCGUCUCUCCUAGAUCGUUAUAAAAAUCAUGAGGUUUUGGGUGCCUUCUGGAAAAUGGCACGUGUUGGUGAAAGGGCCAGUCCAUAUGUUAGUUUAGCGUGUAUUUUGAUGGCCAUCAGUCAAUUCAACAGCUGA